UGUAUAAAUUUGGUAGACGCGCCUAUGUCGACUUUGUCGACUAUGACUUCUUCGCUCUUUUUUCUUUUUAUUUGCAAAAUGUCAAACGAUUGUUUUUGUUGACUUUAGUGAUAAGAGAGGAAAUCAAAAAAUCCGUACUGACUGCUUUAAAAAUAUAGCGCAAUAAAUUGAAAUAUGAAUAUUUAUCUCAAAACAUGUAUGCCUCGAAAUCUGUACGGCACGGUGAUCUAUCGUAUGAUCGGUUCUUCUGAAGUUGCAACUGCCCUGAGGCCUUUCUACUUUGCCGUUCAUCCAGAUCUAUUCGGACGCUAUCCACAGGAACGACAAGUCAAUGAAGACUCACUCAAACUACUCAGCGCACAUCUAGAAUCACUGCUAAACCAGCGACGGAUUCUUCACUCGACGCCAAAAAUACUCCCCUUUUACGUAAGGGCUUCCAACCUGCCGGAACAGCGUGGGACAUUCAAUUUGAUCAAGGUGCCUCUAGAACACACCACCGAUACGAAGCUGGUGCUCAAGAGGAUUCUUGAGGCCUGUAACCUUCCGACAGAGUUUGUAGACAAAAUGCCAUCUAAUUCUGCUGGUGCUAAUUCGAAUGGAAACGCUAGAUCUACGAUGGCGGAUUAUUUCUACCGCAAAAGAGCGGGGAAUGGUGCUGAUAAGGAAGAAUCACCCUUUGAAAGUGAAUUUGAUAUCUUCCAAUUCCGAGUUAAGAAAGCCAAAGAAAAUGAGUCACUAGGGCAUUGGCUCCACAAGCAGAUCAUCACGGCAAAUGUUCGAACAAAAGCUUUACAGGAAACGAAAGACGAAGUGGCCAAGUUGAGAGAAUCAAUGACCAAAUCGUUGGGCGUCAAGCAUAUUGAGUAUGACUGUGGAUGGAACGUGGAGCAUUUUCGUGGUUGCUUGAAAAGCUUAGAAAGACUGGUAGCAUUGCAUCCGCAAGCGGUAGAAGGUCUCAAAGACAGAGUGGUUGUUUUCGCUUCAUUCACUGGAGUGAGUCUGGAUGGACAUGUGAUGUUGUAUACUGGCGACGUUCAACGGAAUUGGUUAGAUCUUCUGCUCAACAUAGACAAACACGAUGCAUAUCUACGGAAGCUUCCAGCAUAUGAGUAUGCGCUAUCCCAGGUGCUGCGAAAUAUUCGUAUAGGCCGUCGUAAAUUCAUGCCAAAAGCUCAAGCAAUGGCAUACGCCUCACACCUGCGCAAAAUUACGACCAGUUUGUUGGAUUAUCUUGGCAAAGCAAAGUAUCCGAAAAGUUGGCCAUCCGAUUUGUCGAAAUAUGAAAUUGUUGUGGAAUCGGAAGCUGGUCCUUUGAUGGUUAGUCCCACUGGACAAUUGAUUGUACCAGCUACUUGCCCUGGAACGAUUUUAAUUGAUUUUCUUACCAACCACAUGGACGAAGCGUACGAAAAACAACAAUCUUACAAUCGCCAAAAACACGUGGAGCGGGAUCUCCACUCUCAAUGUAUCAAGCAAUUUAGUCUACUUUCACUAAGUAAAGACGAUUCCGUGACUCCCGAUCGGAUGAUUGAGUGCCUGCAAAAGUUAAUCGCUACCCGUGGCCUAGAAUUGAACGACAUUCAUCUCAACAUUACGACGUACUAUUCGGUACUAAAUGAUGGAACCGUUUGUAUACCAUGGGAUUGGAAGUAGAAGCGAUUAGCAAUCACAUUUCACUGAAAAUAACGACUUCGGUAAUAUUUUGACGAAAUUAUUAAACCCGUAACUCGUAAAACCUGGUUACCGACAACAAAUUUAUUCUGCCUGCUGUUAUAAUCUCGUUAAAAAAUAAACAGGAGUAUCGAAAUGAAUGUGAUCUCGGACGCAGUCCGGUUAAUACUUUAUGUGUUACCUUUUUCAAAGAGAUUUUUCAUUUAUUUGUUUGUGACGCAGUCAGUAGCAGCUGUACUUUAAAUAGUAUGUACUCAUACGUAGAUAUAGACUAUUUUAAAUUAAAGACAAUAAAAUUGCGAAUAAAAAAAUCAUGGCAAAUAUAACAA